CAUUUUGUGUGUGUUGUCAUGUUUCUAAUUGAACCUGUGCACGCAUGUACGAUAAACUCAGUUUUGACUUUAUAACGCAAUCUCGGAAAUAAGUUUAAAAGGUUUAAUGUGGAUUAUGACGCGCCAAACGUAUUGUAUUUGCAAAUCUUGCUGAAAUCACUGUGGUAGGAACUAAAACUCCGGGCAUUUUUUGUCGUUGUUGGAGGGGGACUGUUGUUGUGGCUGGACCAUGAUGGCGGUGGUCCCGGGACGGGAGAGUGCUGAGGUUGUUCCCCUGCCUAAUGUUUACUAUUUUCGGGAUGCGCAGGCCGUGGCGGACCCGAUACCCGAGCCAGGGGAAGCGGGCGUGGGUCAGGUACCGGUGGUGGUGGACAAUGGCUCCUUCCAGUGCCGGGCGGGCUGGGCGGUGGAUGAAGCGCCGCGGCUCCAAUUCAAGAACGUGACCGCGCGGGGCCGCGGCGCCUCCCGCAGCGACACGCAGGUCGGCAACGACAUCCGCAACCUGGAGGUGGUCCGCUGGCUUCUUAAGACCCAGUUCGACAGAAACGUGGUGGUCAAUUUCGACAUCCAGGAGCAGGUCUUCGACCACAUCUUCCAGCACCUCGGCGUCGCCUCUGAGAGUCGUGUGGAACAUCCAGUGGUUUUAACAGAGGCUCCCUGUAAUCCAUUGUACUCCCGACAGUUAAUGUCUGAGCUCCUUUUCGAGUGCUACCAUGUUCCCAAAGUGUCAUAUGGAAUUGAUGAUCUUUACAGCUUUUGCCGGAACAAUAAAUCGCAUGCCACUGGAUUGAUUGUUUCCUCUGGAUAUCAUUGCUCUCACAUUCUACCAGUGCUGAAUGGCAGACUGGAUGCUUGCAAUAGUAAAAGGAUUAAUCUGGGUGGAAGCCAAGCAGCAUCGUAUAUGCAGCGUCUGCUGCAGCUCAAGUACCCUGGACAUUUACCAGCGAUUACGCUCAGCAGAAUGGAAGAAAUUCUCCAUGAACGCUGCUACAUUGCAGGCGACUACAUGGAAGAACUUGGCCUGUGGAAGCUUCCAGACUUCUAUGAGAAAAAUAUUCACCGAAUGCAGCUUCCCUUUAACAACAAGCUCCUGGCUAGCACCUUGACGGUGGAGGAGAAGAUGGAACGGAGGCAACAACAAGUGCGCAGGCUGCAGGAGCUCAACGCUCGACGUAGGGAAGAAAAGCUGCAGCUUGACCAAGAAAGGCUGGAAAGACUACUCAGCAUCCAGGAGCUUCUCGAAGAAGGUAUGAUGGACCGAUUUAAGCGUGCACUGUUGGAAAUGAACAUGGAUUCUGCCGAGGAACUGCAGUCGUAUAUUAACAAGCUCAGCCUCGUCAUUGAACAGACCAAACAAAAGAUCCUGCAGGCAGAAGUGAAUGUGGAGGUUGAUGUUGUGGACACAAAGCCAGAUGUUUCUGAUCUGGAUCAGGUUUUGAACUGUGACCAGACAAUGGAGGACUUGGAAGGAGUGAAUGACCUGGACCAGCUUUUCCCUGAAUAUCAGAAUGAUUUUGGAAAACAAACCAAUGUAGUUCAGCCAGUUGGACAGAUGUUCAACUUAGCAGAAUACCAUCAGCUGCAUCUGGGCAGUGAGCGAAUCAGAGUUCCUGAAAUUCUUUUCCAACCCUCCUUGAUAGGAGAGGAGCAGUCUGGGAUGGCGGAAACUUUACAGUACGUUCUGGAUAGAUAUUCCAAGAAGGAGCAAGAUGAACUUGUACAAAAUGUAUUCCUUACUGGCGGAAACAUUCUAUACCCUGGGAUGAAGAGAAGAAUGGAGAAGGAGCUGCUUUCCAUGAGGCCUUUUCAGUCUUCGUUCCAGGUGGUUGUUGCUGCCAAUCCUGUUCUGGAUGCCUGGUUUGGUGCUCGUGAUUGGGCUGUGAAGCACAAGGAUCGAACUGAGGGCUGGAUCACACUCUCUGAGUAUGAAGAGAAAGGAGGAGAGUACUUGAGUGAACAUGUUGCUUCUAAUAUUUAUGUGCCGAUGAGCCUUACGAAACCAGCUUAGUUGCACUGGCAAACCAGAAGAUUUUGGACAAAUUCAAUCAUUGACCUGGCUUUUGCAUAAAUUGAGAGACAUCUCUUUUGAACUGAAGCCAAAUUAAUUGCUUUGACAAGCUAAAAGACAGUUCUUGAUGUUUUUAUAUAAAAGACAUUUAUUUUGAAUUGUAAAUACUUAAUUUGAACUGGAUUACAGAAUAAUUUAAAAAAAUAUUUUCCUGUUUCAGGAUGUGGAUAACCUGUAGAUCAGUAUCUAUUAACAACGUACAAUGUUGUCUCAAGAUUAAGUGAUGGCUAAGAAGUCCUGAUGAAGUGUCUCAGCUCAAAAUGUGGACUGUUUAUCCAUUCCAUAGAUACUACCUGACAUUGAGUUCCUCUAGCAUUUUGUAUGUGUUACUCUAGCUAAGAAGAGAUGUAGGUUGAAAGUGAUAGCAGAAGUAUUCAUUUUUAUCUCUAUAUAUCCCUUCCUACAUUGUGGAACUUGUCUUGAUCGCCAUUUGGCACGAUGGAUAAAACUUACCCUGCUGAAACCAAGUCUAUGUGCACAUAAGGUGUCCCUUGGAAUACAGCCUGGGAUAAUACAUGCAACCUGAUUUGAAUUUAUUUAAAACUUGGAAAAGGCAUGCUUUGACUUUCUUUUAAUUGGAUUUGCUCCUUACUCUGAACAUUUACUCUGGUAAACUGUCUUUAAAGGAGAUAUAAUUUAUUAAAUUAUUACAGCAGUA